CAACCAACCCCAACUGCAAGCCUCAACCCCUACGCCUACGAGGAGAGUACUGUCUGCGCCAACUUCGCGCACCCUCGCCUGCAGACAGACUGAGCCACCCGCUCUCUCCUCUCUUGUUCUCCCUGCGGCCCGGACACAUAGUAUGAACUUUAGGUGUUUCGUCUCCCAGCCAUUUUCUAUGGAAAACCAGCAAGAUCGGGCCAUGAUAGCUGCUGUCAGCUUUGAAGAACGGGACACCUUUAGAGAAGCCUGAUCUUAGAGGCCUCAGCGUGAGACCUUACAAAGCCGGAUUCCGGCAGAGUUCCUCUAUCUCGUCUUGUGGCUGGUUGAAGGUGCCCCCUUCUCCAUUUUUUCUUCAUCUUCUGGGAGGUAGCAGGAAAUAAGCACCAUGGUUGGGUUCAAGGCCACAGAUGUGCCCCCUUCCGCCACUGUGAAGUUCCUGGGGGCCGGCACAGCUGCCUGCAUUGCGGAUCUCAUCACCUUUCCCCUGGAUACCGCCAAAGUCCGGCUGCAGAUCCAAGGAGAAAAGCAGGGGGCAGUGAGAACGGCAGCCAGUGUCCAAUACCGCGGCGUGCUGGGCACCAUCCUGACCAUGGUGCGCACCGAAGGUCCCCGCAGCCUCUACAAUGGGCUGGUCGCCGGCCUGCAGCGCCAGAUGAGCUUCGCCUCGGUCCGCAUCGGCCUCUAUGACUCUGUCAAGCAGUUCUACACAAAGGGCUCUGAGCACGCCGGCAUUGGGAGCCGCCUCCUGGCAGGGAGCACCACCGGGGCCUUGGCUGUGGCUGUGGCCCAGCCUACGGAUGUGGUGAAGGUCCGGUUCCAGGCUCAGGCUCGGGCCGGAGGUGGCCAGAGGUACCAAAGCACCGUCGAUGCCUACAAGACCAUUGCCCGAAAGGAAGGGUUCCGCGGACUCUGGAAAGGGACCUCUCCCAACAUUGCUCGUAAUGCUAUUGUCAACUGUGCCGAGCUGGUAACCUACGACCUCAUCAAGGAUGCCCUCCUGAAGGCCAACCUCAUGACAGAUGACCUUCCUUGUCACUUCACUUCUGCCUUUGGGGCAGGCUUCUGCACCACCGUCAUCGCCUCCCCUGUGGAUGUAGUCAAGACGAGAUACAUGAACUCUGCCCUGGGCCAGUACAGCAGCGCUGGCCACUGUGCCCUCACCAUGCUCCAGAAGGAGGGUCCCCGGGCCUUCUACAAAGGGUUCAUGCCCUCCUUCCUCCGUUUGGGUUCCUGGAACGUGGUGAUGUUCGUCACCUAUGAGCAGCUGAAACGGGCCCUCACAGCUUCCUGCACUUCCCGGGAGGCCCCGUUUUGAGCCUGUCCUGCUGCCAACCUGGCCACCUCUGGCUUGGCUUCAGCUCCAGCCAGGCCCUGCUUCCCUUUUCCUCCUCCCCUCCUUUCCUUCCCGCACUCCACACCCCUUCUGCUCCCAUUUCUACCACCCUCUCCCCUCUCCCCACACUCCGCACCUCUCCUCCCACCUCACCUCCCCAUGGCCUCUCAGUCCUGGUGCAGUGGGUCCAGCUGACACUGUGGGAGGCCCGAUCCCAAGCCUCUCAGCCUUGCUCUUCAAGAUUCUGUCCCCAAGCCCAGAGAGCACAUCACCCAUAAAACAAGCUCAACCUUG